AUGGUUUCAGAGCUGCGCUCUUACGCCGCCGCCCUCACAGGCACCGGAGCUGAUACUCCGAUCAUUCAACCACCGAUCCAUACUCCUUCCAUGGCGAUUCCACAGAAGAACUCGUCAUCGCGAACACACAGAAACCUUAGCGCAGAGGAGCUGGAGAAUCCUCUUCGUCUUGGAAUCAAUGAAAGCCCGAGUGCAGUACUCGUUGGUCUACCGCUAGCAGGGAGCUCAAAUUAUGGAACGUGGAAUAUCUCUAUGCGGAUAGCACUUGAAGUGAAGAACAAGUGGAGUCUCGUAGACGGAAGUCUCACGCCGCCGAACAGAGAUCAGCAUCAACAUGUUGCUUGGAGACGUUGCAACUUGCUGGUGUGUUCGUGGCUUUUCCAGUCUGUUCAACCUUCUAUAGCGCAAAGCGUCAUGCACUUAGAUAAUGCGAAAGACGUUUGGGAGGAUCUGAGAAGGAAGUUAGCACAACGUGAUGCUCAACGGAUCUCCAUGCUAAAGUGA